GUGUUCAAAAAUAUGAAAAUCAUUGCUGUAAUUGUUUUGACUUGGAUUUGCUUGAGUUCGUGUAAAAAAGUUCCAGCUCCGCGCCAAUGUAUCCACAAAAUCGAUGGUACAGAUGGUGUUGUUGAAUUUCCCGGAAUGAUGUUUAAUGACAAAGCUAGAAAAUUAUUUACAGAAGAUAGGAAAAUGGGAAGAAUUUGUAUCAUACACGGAAAAAUACCUGAACAUAAAGAUUUGAUAUUGAAAAUAGAUUCGUCAGUUUCCUACCAAAACUGGAUAUCGUUUGGUGGAAGGAUUUCAGAAUACGGCGAUUGGGAAAAUAUGGCCAUUUUGUAUUACAAUGAUCAAGGAUCAGUUAAUGUGCAUACGGAUCAUCAAUAUCGUACAUUUGCAAGAGAUGGUGAAAACGGAACAAAAGAAAUAAUGCUUCCAGGAUACAAAUUUGGCCAUGUAAGAAUUGUCUUCCCACGAAAAAAGACAAAUUUUACAAUUUCGUACUCGUGGACUACUACACGAAAAGCCUGUAAAUCGUUGACUGACAUAGCUGACAUAGUAACGUGUACUGAUAGAAGCAAUUUGAAUUCAAAUUGCACAGUGAAGUGUAAGGUUGGAUUCGCUCCUUCACCGAUAUUAUACAACCUAGCCAGAGAUGGAAUUAAAAAGAAACUUCCUCUAAUGUCGACAACGUGCCGAGGGAAUGGUUUUCAGCCGCCAGACUGGUUUCCUAAAAUUUCAAUUCAAUCAACCUUCGAUAUGGACUCAUUCAUCUAUACCUAUCCGGAAAUUCCGAUACCGGCUUUUCCGAUACAGAUAUUGGAACCUGGGGUCAAAGAAUGGUAUCGUGCAAUAUUGAUUUCUUCAGAAAUUGUUGUGGAUUUUUGGAAAGAAGAAUUAAUGAAUUCGCGCGAAUGCGUUGGUUUGGAAAACAUAGCUGAUGUCUGUUUUGGGGGAAAGUCAACCUUAAUGAGCUCUUGGUUCAACGGUUGCGAUUAUCCAAUUGAUUACCUUCUGGAGUUAUUCGGCGAAGAUGGAGACACUGGAAUUGAUCCCGACACAAUUCCCGCUACAACUAAAAUUACACCAAGGGAUCGAAUUCUGCAAAUGGAUUCCAAAGCGAAAUUACAACUUCUUAUCAAAUUAAUUGAGCAGAGAGCAAGAUUUUUUGAAUAUGUCAUUGGAAUAGGGCAGGAUUCUUGCGUAGUAGAUGAGUACGAAGAUCUGUAUAAUGUUUUGCUAACACCAGUUACAACCUCAAAGAUAGACAGUAUUUGGGAUGAAUUCAGAGGACAAGUAAAUAAUAAAUGUUACCCAAGCGUUGUUGCAAUUGAAUAUAUGAUACCUCAGAGUACUUCGAAAAUUUGUGAAUUAGUCAAAGUGAAACUGAGUGGUGGAAAAACAACGUACGAUUAUAAGUACAAAUGUGCAAGUUUUAGAGGAUCUGGCCGUCGUGGUGAGUGUAUUAUUAGCAGACACGGAAAGAACAAACUGUGUCGAACCCUAAAGGCAUCUGGAUAAGCAAGGAGCACAAUAUAAAAAAUUCAUAGUAUUUACAUUUUUAGCGCAGUGAAGGAAGAAAUCAGUUAACAUUAUAAUAAUAAAAUUCAUCGCUGUUUUUCCUUUUCUUAAUAAAUACAUUGUUCAGUGUAAAUUUUUCAGAAGUGUACAACCGUUUACUCUGAGAUGUCCAUUGUGGAGACCGUACAUUUGAACCCACGUACAUUUGAACCCAUGUGUAUAUCCGCGGGUUCAA